AUGAGGGAUGCUCAAGAUAAGGUAAGAAGCAUUCAAGCUAAGCUUCUAGCGGCUCAAAAUCAUCUGAAGGAGUAUGCUGACCGAAAGGUAAGGUAUAUGACAUUAGAGGCUGGGCCAGUAGAGUACAGAUUGGUCUUACCACAUAGCUUGUCUGGGGUACAUCCAGUGGUCUUUUUGUCCAUGCUGAAAAAGUACCAUGGAGAUGGGGACUACAUAAUUAAAUGGGGCUCGGUGUUAUUAGAUAAGGAACUCCAGUAUAAGGAGGAGACAAUUACAAUUCUUGAUCGUGAUGUUUGGAAGUUGAGGACUAAAGAGAUCAACAUGGUUAAAGUACAAUGGAAACAUUGUUCGUUAGAGGAAGCUAUUCGGGAGACUGAGAAAGACAGGCGAGAAAAGUAUGCUCAACUGUUGGACGAAUUAGGUACUACUCUAUCUCUACUUUAG